AUGACGUUGGCGGAAAUUCCUUCACGCCGGUCUGUGCGGGCUGCGUCACCGUUGGGGGGCGACAAGACUCCAACUGUACCCCCACCAGCCACAGGAGCACCAAAGGUACCCCCAUCAGCCCCAGGAACACCAGAGAUACCCUCAUCUUCCCCAGGAACACGAGAGGUACCCCCACCAGCCACAGGAGCACCAGAGAUACCCUCAUCCUCCCCAGGAACACGAGAGGUACCCCCACCAGCCCCAGGAGCACCAGAGAUACCCUCACCCUCCCCAGGAACACGUGAGGUACCCCCACCAGCCCCAGGAGCACCAGAGAUACUCUCAUCCUCCCCAGGAACACGAAAGGUACCCCCACCAGCCCCAGGAGCACCAGCGAUACCCUCAUCCUCCCCAGGAACAGGAGAGGUACCCCCACCAGCUCCAGGAGCACCAGCGAUACCCUCAUCCUCCCCAGGAACACGAGAGGUACCCUCAUCCACCCCAGAAGCACCAAAGGAACUCUCAUCCACCCCAGGAGCACCAGAGAUACCCCCCCCCCCCAGGAGUACCAGAAGUACCCUCAUCCGCUCCAGGAAUACAAGAGUAUGA